CAACCUACGACACAACACUUCAUCUUCGCCACGAUCUCGUACGCCGCAACAACAAACACAUCUAAGCUCAUCACACAAAGACACCGCCAACAUGCGAUCCAAGUUCAAGGACGAGCACCCGUUCGAGAAGCGCAAGGCCGAGGCUGAGCGCAUCCGCCAGAAGUACGCUGAUCGGAUUCCGGUUAUUUGCGAGAAGGUCGAGAAGUCGGAUAUCGCAACCAUCGACAAGAAGAAGUACUUGGUGCCAGCCGACCUCACCGUCGGACAGUUCGUCUACGUGAUCCGCAAGCGCAUCAAGCUUAGCCCAGAGAAGGCGAUCUUCAUCUUCGUCGAUGAGGUGUUGCCUCCAACCGCCGCGCUUAUGAGCUCGAUCUACGAGGAACACAAGGACGAAGACGGUUUCCUUUACAUCACAUACUCCGGCGAGAACACCUUCGGCGACGCUGUGUAAAGCAGCGGCCCAUCUCCCACGACUCAGACCACACCAUUUCACGACCACGACACGACAUCCUCCACAUGCCCACGAUCGGACUUCCCUUUUGCAACGGGCGUUUGGGAUGGAUGCUCUUUGAAUUAGCAGGACUAGGAACGCCAGGAACAAUAUGCUGAGAACGACGAUAAGCAGAGCAUGACUGUAGAGGAGCUACAAACGGCCAGGUGGGAACGGCCAGGUGGGAACAAAGAGACCUGGCGGACGGCAGCACAUGGCAUAUACUCUCCAUGAUGAGCUAUUCAGAUAUCCGCAAGCCGUAGCCGCAAUACAGUUUUCUCUGCCAUUUG